AUGAUGACGUCGCUUGCCUCCGUCUUUGGCCUGCUCUUGCAGAGUCUUUUAGUCGCAACACAGACCACAAUCACCUCCACGGGGAACCCGAUCAUCGCCGAUGGAUCAUACUACUCGGCUGACCCGGCCCCCUUGGUGGUGAACAACACCGUCUACAUCCUCUCCGGUCGAGAUGCAGCCCCAGCAAACCAGAACAACUUCGUCAUUAACGAGUGGCAGAUGCUGAGCAGCAGCGACCCUCGUCCCUCCGGUGCUCAAUGGCAGUUCCGCCCCAACAUCGCUCGGCCCGAGUCCAUCUUUUCCUGGGCCGCCGCUGGAACUGCAUAUGCUGCACAGAUUGUUCAAGGGCCCAACGGGAGAUUCUACCUCUACGCUCCCGUCACCCAACGAUCUACUUCGAGCCCUGAUCGCUUCGCCAUUGGCGUCGCAGUCUCGAGCAAUCCAUGGGGUCCCUUCACAGAUGCUCAUCCAAGCGGUCCUAUUGUCUCGCAGACAGUCCCUCAGGCCAACAACAUCCAGAACAUCGAUCCCACGGUGCUACUGGAUGACACUGGACGAGUCUAUCUGUACUGGGGCACUUUUGGCGCUCUUCGCGGCAUUGAACUCGCGACUGAUAUGGUGACUACCAUCGGAUCAGCUGUAUCCGUCAAUAGUCUGACGGGCUUCUUUGAGGCACCCUGGCUUUUGAAGCGUCGGGGAACCUACUACAUGUUAUACGCAGCCAAUAAUGCCGGCCCCAACUCGCCAUGCACGCCAACCUCCUACCACGCUUGCAUUGCCUACGGCACCGCUUCAUCGCCCCUGGGCCCAUGGACGUUCCGCGGUGUCAUGCUGGACAUCGUCUCGUCGACAACAUCGCACCCCGGAGCCUUCGAGUUGAAUGGCCAGUGGUAUCUCGUCUACCACACGAGAGAUGCAACCGGCGGCGGUCACUUCCGUCGCAGUGUUGCCCUGGAUUACAUGACGUGGGAUGAUAACCAAUCACCCCCUCGAAUCAACAAGGUCGUUCAAACGCGACGAGCUCAACUCGCACCUCCCGCAACCCGGAACAUCGCUCCACGCGCCGUGGCGAGCUCGGUCAACCAGACUCCGAUCCAGUACUGGACGAAAUCUCUCAACGACGGAUGGAUCCCCAGCAACCCUCUUCCUCCGGACUAUUGGAGCUCGUACAACGGCAACGCGUCGCCUCAGACCAAUACUCUCGUUUUGACUUGGAGCUCGUCGGUCACCUUGAACGGCGCGAGGAUGGUCUUCUUCGCGGACCAGCCUGCGGGAUCGAAUAUCGGUGUGCCGCCUCCAGCGAGCUGGCGGCUGGAGUACUUGAACAGCAACAAUGCGUGGACUGCUGUUAGUGCGAGCACUGGAUACCCUACGGCGGUCACUGACAACCCGUCAAUUGUCAACUUUGCCCAGGUCACGACUACAUCGCUCCGCGCGAUCCUCACGGCUUCCGGAGGGAAUGGGCAGUUUGGAGGUGUCGGUGUGAAGGAGUUCGAGGCUCUUGCCCCGAACCCUCAAUGA